AUGCGGAAGGUUUGCACGGCAACUGGAGAGCUGCUGCACCCUUCAACAGGCAUUCGAAUAUGCGUAGUGGUGCGGAGCAUGGAGAGGGAGAUGUUUUGCUUCGUUGAAGAGCUGAAGCCCGUUUUGCAGUCGGGGCUAGAGAACCGGGACCGCCGGGCGGUUGGGAGAGCUGCUGUUGUGGCUUUAUGCGUGAUAGACUCGAAUGAAAUGAACUGCAAGGCCGGUUGA